AUGGAUAGCCGGGUCUCAGGCACGGCCAGCAAUGGAGAGACAAAACCCGUGUACCCUGUCGUGGAAAAGGCAGAGGAAGAUGGCACCCUGGAACGCGGGCACUGGAACAACAAGAUGGAGUUUGUGCUGUCAGUGGCCGGGGAGAUAAUUGGCUUAGGCAACGUCUGGAGGUUUCCCUAUCUCUGCUACAAAAACGGGGGAGGUGCUUUUUUCAUCCCCUACCUCAUCUUCCUUUUCACCUGUGGCAUUCCUAUCUUCCUUUUGGAGACAGCACUGGGCCAGUACACUAGCCAGGGAGGCAUCACAGCUUGGAGGAAGAUCUGCCCCAUCUUUGAGGGCAUCGGCUAUGCCUCCCAGAUGAUCCUCAUCCUCCUCAAUGCCUACUACAUCAUUGUCCUGGCCUGGGCCCUCUUCUACCUCUUUAGCAGCUUCACCAUCGACCUUCCCUGGGGAAGCUGCCGCCAUGAGUGGAAUACAGAACACUGUGUGGAAUUCCAGAGGACCAAUGGCUCCCUGAAUGUGACCUCUGAGAACGCCACCUCUCCUGUCAUCGAGUUCUGGGAGAGGCGGGUCCUGAAGAUUUCCGAUGGCAUCCAGCACCUGGGGGCGCUGCGCUGGGAACUGGCCAUAUGCCUCCUGCUUGCCUGGGUCAUCUGCUACUUCUGCAUCUGGAAGGGGGUCAAGUCCACGGGCAAGGUGGUGUACUUCACAGCCACGUUCCCUUACCUCAUGCUGGUGGUCCUGCUAAUUCGAGGGGUGACACUGCCCGGGGCAGCCCAAGGGAUUCAGUUUUACCUGUAUCCAAACCUCACACGUCUGUGGGAUCCCCAGGUGUGGAUGGACGCGGGCACCCAGAUCUUCUUCUCCUUCGCCAUCUGUGUAGGGUGCCUGACGGCCCUGAGCAGCUACAACAAGUACCACAACAACUGCUACAGGGACUGCAUGGCCCUCUGCUUCCUCAACAGCGGCACCAGCUUUGUGGCCGGGUUUGCCAUCUUCUCCAUCCUGGGCUUCAUGUCCCAAGAGCAGGGGGUGCCCAUCUCUGAGGUGGCCGAGUCAGGCCCUGGCCUGGCUUUCAUCGCCUACCCCCGGGCUGUGGUGAUGCUGCCCUUCUCUCCUCUCUGGGCCUGCUGCUUCUUCUUCAUGAUCAUCCUCCUGGGACUGGAUAGUCAGUUUGUGUGCGUAGAGAGCCUGGUAACAGCGUUGGUGGACUUGUACCCCCGUGUAUUACGCAAGAAGAACCGGAGGGAGGUCCUCAUCCUUGGAGUGUCUGUCAUCUCCUUCCUUGUUGGGCUGGUCAUGGUCACAGAGGGCGGAAUGUAUGUGUUUCAGCUCUUUGAUAACUACGCAGCCAGUGGCAUGUGCCUCCUGUUCGUGGCCAUCUUUGAGUCCCUCUGUGUGGCUUGGGUUUAUGGAGCUGGACGCUUCUACGACAACAUUGAAGAUAUGAUCGGGUACAGGCCCUGGCCUCUUAUCAAAUACUGUUGGCUCUUCCUCACACCAGCUGUGUGCAUAGCCACCUUCCUCUUCUCCUUGAUCAAGUAUACUCCGCUGACCUACAACAAGAAGUACACGUACCCCUGGUGGGGGGAUGCCCUGGGCUGGCUCCUGGCUCUGUCCUCCAUGGUCUGCAUUCCUGCCUGGAGCUUCUACAAACUCAGCACCCUCAAGGGCUCCUUCAGAGAGAGAAUUCACCAGCUCGUGUGCCCAGCUGAGGAACUGACCCAGCGGAACCAAGCAGGACCCUCUGCCCCUGCCACACCCAGGACAUCACUUCUCAGACUCACAGAACUAGAGUCUCACUGCUAG